AUGAGUAAUCAAGGCUAUGCAUUCGGCAAGAAUCGACCUCAAAACCAAGGGCCGCAUGAGAUAUUGUACACACCGGAAGAUCUACCUAAAAAUGAUUAUCAGUCGGAUGGCGAAGACAUGUUGUUAUCAGUAAGAUUUACUGUUUUUGCACGUUUUGUGGCUUUAUAUGGCUUCUUCUUUAGCAUUUUUGGGUGGUUUUGUUGCUUUGUGAGGUGUUUUAUUGGCUUUUCGAUGUGUUUUUAUGGCUUUGUGUGGUGUUUUUAUUACUUUGUGAAGUGUUUUUGUUGCUUUGUAAGGUGUUCUAGUUGCUUUACAAUGUGUUUUGUUGCUUUUUAAGGGAUGUUAUGGUUUUGUGAGAUGUUUUUAUUGAUUAUUGAGAUAUUCUUGUUGAUUUUGAGGUGUUUCAUUGGCUUUUUGGGGUGUUUUUGUUGCUUUGUGAAGUGUUUUUGUGUUUUGUGAGGUUUUUUAUGGCUUUUUGAGGCAUUUUCAUGGAUUUGGCUUUAUAUUGUAUUUUUUAUGUGUUUUUGACAUUUUUCUUGUGCUUGUUCUACCUGGUGACAAGAUGUUAUUUUUCUUGGACAUGGUUUUGCAGUUUUUUUGUGGUUUUAUUGGUUUUCUAUGUAUUUUUAUUGAUUUAUAGGGUGUUUUGUCUAUUUUCAAAGUUUUUUGUGGUAUGUUUUGGCUUGGUUUUUUGUUUUUCCAGGGCUGUUCUACUAUUUUUAUGAAGUAUAUCUAUUAUUUUUUGAUCUUUUUGUGAUAGACAUGUGAAAAAAAUAAUGGGUUUGUUGUACUAACAAUUGCUUUUUUACAUUUCUUUUUUGUUUUGCUGUUAAUUUGUGAAGUUUUACACUAAUUUACUAACAUGUUUGUUUUGCACUUGCUAACCAUAUUCACGUUUGCUUUGUAAUUUUAUUAUAUUAGGCUGUUCAAAUAAUUAUGAGCUACCUAACUACAAAUUUGGGUUAAUUUUAAAUUUAUCCAUUUAUCUCUCAAAGGGUUUAUACUGACAAGGAAAGGUCCCCACCGUGAAAUGGAUUGGUGAAAAAGUGGUAAAUAGAAGUUGUAGAGCAUAGUCAAAUUAGUAGAAAAACGAAAAAAAAUUUACCCCCCGUGGGGGGUUUUGAGGUACUUUUUUGUGGUCAAAGUUUUACUUUCUUAUUUCCGCUCUCUUGUCUCGGAAAUCAAGAGGAAACUCCGUCGACCGGUUGGUUCGGUGGUUGCGCGCCUGCUUUCGGCUCCGAAGGGCGCGGGUUCGAUCCUGCGCCGUCGGAAGUAUUUUUUGAUCACUUUUUCUAAAUAAAAUUUAAAAAAUAUUUAUAAAUUUUCUUGUAAAAAAUAUAUCUUUUUGUAUCUUAACACAUUUUUACCUAAUUUCUAGCGACUUAUCUACUCGUUAAUCAUUUGUUCAAUUAAAUUAUUCAAGUUUUCAACACUAGUACAAUGUCUGCGCUAUGCAUUAUUAUAUAUUUUAAUCUAAAAAAUCUUGAGUAAUUUAAAAAAAAGAAGAAAAAAAUGUUUUGCAAAAAAAUGCAAAAUUUUUAAAGAUUUUAUUUAUUAUAUUCAGAAAAAACGAUCGAAAAUGCUUUCCGACGCCGCAGGAUCGAACCCGCGCCCUUCGGAGCCGAAAGCAGACGCGCAACCGCCGAGCUAAACGAUCAACGGCGUUCUCUUUUGUUUUCCGAGACAAGAGAGAAAGGGGAAUUAAUAAAAGUAAAACUUUGGCCAAAUAAAAGUACCUCAAAACCCCCCACGGGGGGUAAAUUUUUUAACGUUUUUCUACUAAUUUGACUAUGCUCUAUAACUUGUAUGUACCACUUUUUCACCAAUCCAUUUCACGGUGGGGACCUUUCCUUGUGAGGUGAAAAUUUUAGUUAGGUAGCUCAUAAAAGUUGCUUUGAAAGGUAGCUCAGGAUUUGUUGAACAACCUAAUAUUUGGUUGCCAAAUAUUUUAAAGCUGAUAAACAUAUCAUUCUUCAGGACUUGGACAAGCUUUCCAAACGCUAUCACAUGGAGAAGAAGGAAGAGCGACGCAAGCGACGUUACCAAGAAACCGCAACGUCUGAGCAAUCAGGAUUGGAAGAACGGCCCAAAAGUCGUGGCCAAAAGAAGAAGGAGAAGGCUAGACGGAAGAAGGAGGAAGAAACAAGACAAGCUCAGCUGCUUAUACAACAACAACUUCAGCAACGGGCGCUUCAGCAACUUGCUCUUCAACGGCUCGGCCUUCAGCAGUUCGGACUUCAGCAACCUGGCCUUCAGCAGUUUGGUCUUCAACAAGGUAGUCUUGAACAGCUCAGCCUUCAACAACGUAGCCUUCAACAGCUCGGCCUUCAGCAACGUAGCCUUCCACAACUCCCACCGUUCCAAGGUCUGGCAGGGCAUAAUCUGUAUCAUGCAGCUCUGAAUCAGAACUUUCUUCGCCAACAUGGAUUAGGGAAUGUGAAUCUUCAACGUUACUUUACCGAGAACCGGCAGCAAUUUGUAAACGAAGUCAGUCAACCAGAUGUGGAAAGUGCCGAUGAGUUUCGUCAACGGUUUUUUCAACAACCUCAAGCUCAGAAUGUUGAACAAGGUCAGAGCUUUCAGAAUCUUCAGCAAGGCCAAAGUCUUCAGAAUCAGCAAGCUAGCCUACAGACUCUCCAGCAAGUUCAGGGCCUUCAGAAUCUUCAACAAUUCCAAAGCCUUCUGAAUCCUGGUCAAAGUGAAACGCUUCAAAAUCUCCAGCAAGAUCAGAACCUUCAGAAUCUCCAGCAAGGUCGAAGCCUUCAGAAUCUUCAGCAAGGUCAAAGUCUUCUGAAUCUUCAAUUAGCUCAAAGACUUCAGAAUCUUCAACAAGCUCGGAGCUUACAGAUUCUUCAAGACCAAAGCCUUCAGAAUCCUGGACAAACUGAAACGCUCCAGAACCUUGAGAAAGAUCAAACUCAACUCCAAGCUCAGGGUGAUGAAGUAUCACAGCUGCCAUCGUCGUCAGGCUUGAGUCAGAAUCCAUCAACGUCAUCAUCAGGCUUCAGCCAGUAUCCAUCAACGUCAUCAUUGGAAUUUGGUCAGAACCCAUCAUCUUUAGGUUUUGAUCAGAAUCCUUUGAAGCUAAGCCCAGAUCAAGCUCCAUCAGGCUCAGCCCAAGAGCAGGAUCCAGCAAAUGCAGAAGCAAAAACUUCGUCCACUUUCGAUACAUCGAAGCAAACACUCGAGGAAAAGAUGAUGUAUUUCAAUCAACUUCACGACUCUGACGGCUUCAAUGUCUGUUUCGAAGACGUAUGGGAUGAAGCUGGAGUACCACGCGACAAAUUCGACGAAGCUUUGUAUCGUCGUGCCAUGGCGGAGGUAAUAAGACACCACAAUGAGUAUUUUAAAAGCUUGUCUGAGAAGAAGCCGUUAAAGAAGCGUGACAGUGAAGAAGAAUCUCAGGAAUCUGGCGUGGAAUCUGGAGCGUCUGCUAUUGAGUCUCAAGACGCUGGAGCUGGAACUCAAGAAGCUGGUGCUGGAUCACAAGAAGCUGGUGCUGAAUCUCAAGAAGGCAUUGAUGGGUCACAAGAAGCUGGCGCUGCAUCUCAAGAAGCUGGUUCUGAAUCUCAAAAAGUUGCCGCUGAAUUUCAAAAAUCUCUUUCCGAAGCUCCACAAUCUGCUGAAUCACAAGAAGCUGUCGCUGGAUCCUCAAAAUCAGCUCCCGAGUCCGGACAAUCAAAAUCAGCUCCUCUAUCGCGGAAAUCUUCAAGUUGUAGCGAUGGAUUGCAACUUCAACUACCACGAUACUUUCGUUUCAUGCCGCCAAUCGAUUUCGACUCCAUUAGUAUACCGUACGAACUCGACGACAUUGUCCCGGUCAAAGACUACAUCAUACCGGAACCAUCGGAUUUGACGCCGGAAGAGGAGCAAGCUGAACUCGAGGAAUGGCUACGAGAAAGCCACUUCAUGAGCCUCGGCAUAUCAAGAUUGGUUGGCCGUCGAAUUCCGAAACCAAACCAUUUCCUACUGAUCGAGUAUAAUGAAGCGGUGAAUAAGGUUACUGCAGAAAAACUACGAGAAAAACUAAGAUUGCAGGCGUUGGAAGAAGUUAAUGAAGAAGGUAAUAAUCAUCGCCAAGGUAAAGAAGGCGAUGAAAGGAAAGAAGAAGCGGAAGAAGGUGAAGAAGGAAAUGGUGAAGCUAAAGAAAGUAACGAAGGGAGAGAAGAAACUAACGAAGACAGAGAAGAGAAUGAUGAAGUUAAAGAAGGUGAGGAAAGGAAAGAAAAAGGAAAUAAACACGAAGAAAAGGAAGUAGAAGAGAAGGAAGAUGAGGAAAAAGACGUUGAAAAAGAAGAACAAAGAAAAAAAUUUGCAAAAGAACAAAAAACAGUCCAAAAAGAAGCUGAAAUGAAACAGAAAGAUGAUGAAAAAGAAGGAGAAGAAAAGAAAGAAGCUAUUCAAUCUGGAAAAGAAUCAGAAGAAGGAUUUGGAGAAGACGCUGAAGCUACAGAAUCUGAAGAAAAACUGACAGAAAAAGAUGCAGAAUCAAGUCAAAAGGAUUCAGAAGGCAAGGUGUUAGAAGAAAAGCCUUCAAAAUCAAAAGAAAGGGCUUCAGGAUCAAAAGAAAGAGAUUCAGGAUCAAAAGAAAAGCUUUCAGGAUCUGAAGAAAAGCCUUCAGGUUCAAAAGAAAAGGCUUCAGGUUCAAAAGAAAGAUCUUCAGAAACCCGAGAACAAGCCGAAGAAUCACCCGAUAAUCCAUCAUCAACAUCCGAUCCCUCUUCCGACCUGCAUACUCCAUUAACAAUCAAUGUAGACGAGAAUUUCCUGCGUUUGCCGGUGCAAUCAUCAUCAGAUGACGAUAGAUCGUUGUGGUCCGUAGAUCCAAAGCCAUCAACAUACUAUGAAACACGGCCUGGAAUAUCGAUGGGUCACGCUAUUAAGAAUUCUGGCCCUUUGGUUUUGGUUCAAUUUUGUGCUCACGAACUUUACGCUUUUAUUGUUGGUAAGUUGGUUUUUGAUUUGGAUUUUGGGGGGGUUAGGUCGUUAUUGAAUUUUUGUUUUAAGCUGGUAUUGAAAUCUUGUUUUUGAGUGAUUUUUUUGACUAUAUUAUGUUGUUCAAUUAAUUCUGUGCUCCCUCUGAACGCAAACUUUUUGGGUUAAGGAGCACAGAAUUAUUUGAACAACAAAAUAAAAUGGCCUAAUUUUUAAAAAAUUUCUCUUUUUUGAAAAAAAAAGUUAACAGGGGGGGGGGAACAAGUUCAAUUUUUCAAAAACAAUUUUUUUUUAUUCACUUUUUUAUUCUCUAAUAGUAAUCUCUAUCACAAUUCGGACUCGAUCAUAACUUUUUUUACUGAGCUAAGCCUAUCUAUUAGGUCCCGACACAAAGAACCCGCCAUUCUCGACAGGAAAUUACAGGAAAAGUAUGGCGGGUUCUUUAUAUCGACGUCAAAUAAUUUUCAUAUAUCUUUAUUGGGUUUUUCAAAUAAUUAUGUGCUCCUUAACUCCGAAAAACCUACAUAAGCACGUUAUUAUAAAACCCUCUUUUCAGAUGAAGAACCCUACAUUCUAUACCAACAUCUUCGAUCUUGCGUCUUCCCCCACCUGACUCGAGAGUAUGUUGACAAAGAGUUUGCCGAAGUCGGGAUCAGCCCAAUGAGACCAACCAAAGAUAUGAUGCGCGAAAUGGCCGAACAUGGUGCAUAUCCGAAGGACAGUCCAGAACAACCGUCACUGCUAACGAUUGGCAACGCUUUCUUUGUCGUCGGUCACUUCUGGGCCAACGGUGUGAGACCAUUGCUUGGAAUCGGCGAGACUGAUCUCAAAAUGGACCCAUUCUUGGUGAAGGCGUUGGAGAGGGAAAGGAUUGUGGUGGGUUUUUAAAAAUGUUUUUGAAUAUUGGGGUAGGUUUCUAUGGUUUUUGAGGGGUGGAGGAGAUUUUGAGGUGUUUAUCAGGGACGUAGCUACAAGUUUUUUCUGGGAGGGGGUGGGGUGGAAGCCUAAAAAAAUUGUAUGGUUUACAUAUAACUAGCUCUAAUUGUCGAUUUUUCAAAUGUAUGGAAGGGGCGGGGUGAAAUUAUUAACUUCUAGCUAUUUCUUAGUCAAUAUCACUCUUUUCUUUCCUUGUCUAGUCUAGCGAUUCUCUUAACUCUGCCUUAGCCCUAAGGCAAUGAUGCUUCUAAAAUGCCUGACGGAUCUAUCUCUAUUUACUCUCUUCCUUCCUUUCUCUCUUUAUAUAGACUUCCUUCUCUAUAUUACCUUUCUCUGUUCUACCCUACUUUAGACUUUGCCUUACAUUGUCAGCAGGGGCGUCGCUACGGAUUUUUUCUUGGGGAGGGGGGUGGAGACCCAAAAAAAUUUUUUUUUUGUUUUUUUACGUACAGGUAUUUACCUGUGGAAUUUUUUUCGGAUCGGCUCUGGGGGGGGGGUGGAUCAUCCCUCCCCCCCCUAGCGACGCCCCUGAUUGUUAGCUCUAGACAUGAGAAACGGCGCGGCCCGUUUUUACGUAAAAAAUUGGGCCAGGUCUGUUCCUCAUGUCUACCUAGCCCUAAGAUAAGCAAUGAUUAAAAAUGUCUGGUGGAUACACCUUUAUUAACUUCUUCCUCCUCUUUAGUGAUGGUUCUGCUGGGGUUCAUUUUAUGAUAUUUAAGGAUUGGGGGUUCAUUUAUUUGAUCUUUUUUUAAAUAUUUUUGGACUAUGGUUGUUUUUGAAGAUAGGGCAGGUUUUUAUUUUUUUUUGGUAGGGUAGAUUUUCUAAUUUUUUUGAAAUUAUUUGUAUUUUUUUAAAUUUAGUUAGGGGGUGGAUUUUAGAUUUUUUUUAUGUUUGCGGUACAUUUUUUAUUUUUUUAGUUGUUUAGGGUAGAUUUUUAAACAUUUUUUAAAUUUUUUAGGUAUCUUUUUCAAUUUUUGCUAUUAUAUUUCAGAUAACCUGCGACGGAGGCGGCGAGACCGAAGGCGACUACUACCCAUCCCUACUCGGCGACAAUUGUAUCGUGUGCCGAGAAUGUCACGUCUUUACGAAUCCACGCCAAUUCUGUUUCCAUACUCACCACUUCAAGGAGUACAUCUUUACCGGCUGUCGUUGGGGCGCCAUAACUGAUGACAAUUAUCGAUCCAUGUACGAAGACAGACAAUUCCCAACUUCAACACAGGACUUUAUCUACAAUGCGAUUCUUGAGAAAAUGAAGAAUGAUGCCGAUUACACGCGGGAGUGGUGCUACUUUCGGGAUCAUCAAAACUCGUCGCUGGAUUCUAUGCGAAAGCUGAUUGAUAAGUAUCCAGCCACUGAUGUAAGGUUUUUUUAUGUAUCGCUAGGGGUUGUAGAGGGCGGGGGUGGGAAGAGGAGGGGAGGGAAGGGUUAUUUGAAUUUGCUGGUGUUUUUAGAGAUGGGAAUUGUAUUCUAUGGUUUUUUUAUGAAAUUUGAAGGGGCGGGGUAAUUUAAUUUUUUAAGACGGGGAGGGCAGGGGUGGCAAAAUUUUUAAAAAAGUUUUUUAUUUUUGGGAGAGGAACAAAAUUUUUUUUUAAAUUUAGAAGUUUGGUUUUAAGAAACCUUUCAUUUUUUUUGCAAGGCGGGGUAAAAAAAUUUUUUUGUAAACUUUUUUUUUUAUUUUUUGAGGGCGGGGGAGAAGUGGCAAAUUUUUUUUAUUGUGGCAUGAUUUUCUUAGUUUUGUGAUUUUGUCUUCUUUAUCCUAAAGUAAAAUGUAAAUUUUCACGACAGCUAAUCUCAAACAUGAUUUUUACAUUUUUUUUUUUAAAUUUAGGUGUGCCACCUUCUCGAAUGCGUCCUAUCUCUGAAAAGUCCGAAAAUCAUAUCACCAUGUAAACCGGACGAACCAGCCACUUGCAAGCUAUCGGACGAUGAGCUACAUCAACUCCAAAGACUAGUCUCAUACAUGUGCGGUGGCCCAACAACUUCCGGCGAGCCGGCUCGUCAAAACUUGAAUGUCUACGAGCCAACUCCACAGAACAUUUUGCUUCUGGAACAGCUGAUUCAGAAGAAUCAGUACAAGGAUUUCCAUCAGCAUGACGUCUUCAACCGAAUUCGAAAGGAUGUUGCUAUGUAUGGCUCAUUGAACAAUGCGUUUACUGCCGGUCCAGGUACCAUGGUGAAUAUGGCUAGGCAAGAUGAGGUAAUUAAGAUUGGUGACGAAGAAGAAGGUAGUGCUGAGAAGGCUGGUGGUCAAGGUACUUCUGGGGACGUUGGGAACGUAGCUGGUCAAGGACGAGGUCAGGCAAACAAUGAUCGUCAAGGUAGCUCAGCAAGUGCGGCAGGUCAAGGAUCAUCGAGCAAUAUAGCUGGUCAAGGUGGAGUGGUAAAUGUAGCAGCUCAAGGUUUAUCGAGCAGUCAAGUCGGACAAGCACAGAUGGCUUCAGGGAAUGUAGCUGGGCAAGGUCUACAAUCGAAUCAAGCAGCUCAAGGUCAAGCUCAUCAACUGAGUCAAGCUGGUCAAAGUCAAGCUUUUCAAAUCAACCAAGGAACUCAAGCUCCACUAAUGAACCAACCAGUCCAAAACACGACGUUGAAUCUACCCUACCUACCCGGUCAAAACCAACUGGCGUCUGGGAACAGUCAAGACAAUGUUCAAGCUUCUACCCACCAGUCACGAAAGAGAAGUCUACCAAGAAGGCCCGAAGCCGAUCAACCACCCAAAAUUAGGUUUCGGAACCUUUUUUAUCAACAAAACGAAGCUGCUGGACCUUCAACUAGUCAAGGUCCAGUAGGGAAAGACGGAGCUGAACAGAGUGAGUGACUUGGUGAAGUGGUAGAUAGCUACUUGGAAAUGAGACAAUAAUGGUGAUAUGGGCUUCAGCAUGUUAGGUAUUGAGUUUUUGAAAUGUUUGAAAGGUGUGGAUGGUGUGGGGGGGGGGGUUUGGGGGGACAGUAUGAGGGUCCGGGUAGAGGAAGAUGACUUAUAGUACAGUGUAAUAGAAGAGGGUAGGGUAUGGUAUGGUAGAGCAAGGUAGACCAGAAUAAGGUGGGAGAGGGUAAGGUAAAGGAGAGUAAUGUAGGGUAAUGAUAAUGUGAGGUAAAUUACGGUAGUUCUUUGUAAGGUAAAUGAGAUUACAGUAAAUUGAUUACGGUGUAAUAUAGUAAAAACUGUAUAAGUUAUCCUGAAAUAAAGUUUGUUAUGGUAGAGAAGCGUACGAUUAAAGAUAGUAUUAGGUUGGACCAAAAGUAGCGGGACACUUUACUUAUUUUUUAAAAUGUGUCCUUUACUUUUGGUUCAUCCUAAUAUAAGGUAGGCAAGGGCGAUAGGAUACGAGGGACAGUUCAUAGAAGGCUGGAGCAUUGAACGAUAAGGUACUAUAGGCUUGAUUUGUGUAUUUUAGUCCAGUUUAGGGUAGAGUUGUGAAUUUUCGUUCAGAGUAUGUUAGAGUUGGGUAGAAUAAGAUGGUCAUUAGUGAUAGUGUAGGGUAGGACAAGGUCUAUAUAAUACACAUUAUAAAGCUUUAUCAAUGAAAAACUAACCUCAUUUUUUCAGGAUUCAAUUCUUCUUUUCCAAAAAGAAACGACAACUCGAUACAAGGCUUCCAUUCAACACCAACCUCACGCAAGUCUUCAUCAUCAACCCAACCAGAUAAUCCAACACGAAAACACUCAGCUCCAGACGGAUACAUUGGUCAACCACCGGCCAAAACGUUAGCUCCAAGCAAACCGUCAGUUAGUCUCCGAGACCUUCAACGAAUUCUAACUAGAGGUGAUACGUCAGUUCAUGAUGCUGUCUCUGGAUCUUAUGACAGUGUUUUCAAUUCAUGUUCUAAUGUACCGUCAUCUAGUGGAUUAUCAGCUAGUGGAUCAUUAGGCAAUGUACCAUCGUCUAGUGGGUUAUCAGUAAAUGAAUCAUUAUCUAAUGUACCAUCGUCUAGUGGGUUAUCAGUAAAUGAAUCAUUAUCUAAUGCACCAUCGUCUAGUGGCUUAUCAUUAAAUGAACCAUCAUCUAGUGGAUAUUCAACUAGUGGAUCAGUAGGCAACGUACCAGAAGCUAGUGGAUCUUCAGCUAAUGUAACAUCAUCUAGUGAAGCCCAGAAUCCAACUUCAAGAGCUGCAGCAACGAGCGCUCAAGGUCAAGCGACGAGAGUACCAUUCACGACACAACAGUUGCAGGAGGCUGUACUUCACGCUACGUGGCCAAGAGAUCUGAGGCAGAAUUCUGAAUCAACGACUUCUGGACUUCAGAAUAUAGAAUCAUCAAAUUCUGGACAUCAGAAUCUAGAAUCAGCAAUCUCUGGUCAACACAAUCCUGAAUCAUCAACUUCAGGACUUCAGAAUUGGAGACCAUCAACUGCAGGACUUCUGAAUACACCUACGAAGACCUUAGGACAACUGAAUUUUGGACUUCAGAACACUGAUUCACCAUCUUUUGGGUUCCGUAACUUGAACUUGUCAGAGAGGUCGAAUGAUAGUGACUUGUCAGAGACGCCGAAUGAUAAUAACUUGCCAGCUAGUUUGAAUGAGAAUUACUUAUCAAAGAUGAAUGCGCUUCAGAAUUUUGUCGAAUCAGCCGAGCGUCUUGAGGAAUUUGCUAUUGAAGCCGGGAACUUUGAGCAAGCAACUUCUGGAGCCGAAAAUUUGGAGCAAUUGACUUGUGGAGCAGAAAAUCUUGAGCAAGCGACUUCUGGGGCCCAAAAGUUUGGGCAAUCUACCUCCGAAGCUCAGAAUUUUCAACGAUCAAUGACUCGAACUCAGAACCGGGGUGAAGCAACAACUGGUGAACCCCAGAAUCUUGUCAAAUCGACAUCUGAAGCUCUGUGUCAUGGAGAAUCAACGUAUGAAGAUAAACUUCCUGGAGCAUUAGCUUACGAGGAUCUGACUCCUGGACCAUCGAGAUCUGGAGUUCACAGGCUUGGACCAUCAACUUGUGGAGAGCUAAAUCCUGGACCAUCGACAUCUGGAGGUCAGAAUUUUGGAGCAUUAACUUUUGAAGCUCAGAAUCCUGGUCCUUCUACAUCUCGAGCUCAGAAUCCUGGACCGUCAACGUCUGGAGCUCAGAAUCCUGGCCCAUCCACAUCUGGAUCUCAGAAUCCUGGACCGUCGACAUCUGGAGCCCAGAAUCCUGGUCCAUCCACAUCUGGAGCUCAGAAUCCUGCACAACUCUACGCACAACAGGAUCGAAGUUCGUCGCCGAUUGAAAGGCUAUGGAUGAUAAUGGUGGUUGCGUUGUGGAUGAACGAAUACAAUCCAUCUACUACUCUUAUGAAUGUAGAAGAGGAUUCAGAAGCUUCAAAUGAAGACUUUCACAGAGCUCGCCGCCUUGCAUCAGGCCCGUUCAACAGGUCGGGUGGUUCAGAAGCCGGCAACCGACUCCACCUAAGUCAGCCGAUUCAGAGCCACUACCAACACCGACAGCUGCCACCCCUUGGCCGAUUUGCAAUGUCAGCCGGCUCGACAAACCUCAUGACCGGCAACUUUGCUCCAUCGAACUCGAGGAAUUCGACUUCAGGACAAGCGAUUCAGAGUCCUGCGCGACCGAAGCCGGAAGAAUUGAAGGCUGUAAUGAAGAAGUUAAGGAAGAAUGAAUUGAAACGGAAGCUUCAAGGAGCUGGCUUGGAUUGGUGGAAUCAGGCUUUUAUUCGGGCUCUGAAUCGAAGGCAGAAUCAGAAUUCGCACCGGAAUCGGAAUGCGCUGGAGAAUCAGGAUCCAGAGAAUCAGGAUUUGCGAGAGACUCAGAAUCCGCAAGAAAAUCAGAAUCCGCAAGAGAAUCAGAAUCCGCGAACGAAUCGCAAGCAAGAUUCAACCGGGAACGGGCCACCAAAAAACCUUGGCCAGAAAAGAAUCCAGGAAAUAAUUUACCUUCACAAGAGAUGGGCUGACGCUUUCCUCACCGACGUGCUCAAUAGGAUGGAUAAACCGAAGGCUACGGAAUUUGUGUUCAGGAUGCGACAGAUUGCGGCUCAGUAUCCAGAAGGAAAUUAUAAUGCAAUCUGGAACUUGCUACUGAGUCAGGAUGGUGCCGUGGAUUUGCUGCGACGUUACUAUCCAAACAGUCGGUCUUUGCCCGAGAAUCGGAGGCGACUACAGAAUCUGAAUUCGACACAGAAUCAGAAUUUGCUUCAGAAUCAGCUGCAGAACCAGAAUGGGCCACAGAAUCAGAAUCAGCCACGGAAUCAGAAUCAGCUACAGAGCCAGAAUGGGCCACAGAAUCAGAAUUUGCAUCAGAAUCAGUUACAGAACCAGAAUCAGCCACAGAAUCAGAAUCAGUCACAGAAUCUGCUUCAGAAGCAUAAUCGGCAACAGGGUCAGAAUCAGCUACAGAACCAGAAUUUGCCACAGGAGCAGAAUCAGACACAGAAUCAGCUACAAAACAAGAAUCGGCCACAGUAUCAGAAUUUGUCACAGGAGCAGAAUCAAUCACAGAAUCAGCUACAGAACCAGAAUUGGCUACAGAAUCGGCUUCAGAAUCAGCUACAGAAUCAGAAUUGGCAACAGAAUCAGCUACAAAAUCCAAACCUGCCAGUCAAUUGGCUUCAGAAUCCGGCUUCGGUUAUGAUGAUGCCUCAGUAUUUGUAUCCACUUUCAAACCCAGCCUUCGCGGCCAAUGCUGCACAUAUUCAACAAGAAAUGGCCUUAUUAUCGAUGCAAUGGCAACUCCGGAAUCAGCACUACCUGAACCGAUAUUGGGAAAUGUAUGUUGAGCUUCAGAAUUUGGAUACUGGUGGUCAGGAACAGAAUAUGAGCGUUGAUGGUCAGAAUAUGAAUACUGGUGGUCAGAAUGUGAAUAUUGGUAGUCAGGGUCAGAAUAUGAGCGUUGGCGAUCAGAAUGUGAACGAUGGUGAUCAGAAUAUGAAUAUUGAUGAUCAAAACCCGAACGAUGAUGAUCAGAGUUUGAUCAACGUCGAUCAGAAUCUAAGUGAUGAAGGUCCGAGUCUGAACGUAGAAAAUCAGAAUCCUAACGACGGUGGUCAGGGUGUGAACGACAAGGGUGGGAACAAUGGGAACGAUGGUGGUCAGAAUGGGAACGACGGUGGUCAGAAUUGGAACGAUGGUGGUCAGAAUCCGUGA